AUGGCUUCAGGCGCCCCCGAUUCAUCUUCCACCACUCUCCCUAAUUCCGAAAAGCCACAGGCAAACGAUCCUUCUAAAAGCGGCUACGACCCGAGCGCGAAAUGGAGCAACUACUGGAACCUACUCACAGGGCGCAUGUCAACCUCGGGCGUUGAAGAAUUCCGAGAAGACGAGGCGAAAAGAACCGAAGUGCGGGACUGCAAUAACUGCGACGAGUGGCGGGAUUGGUGUUUCAAAUACUCACCCACGGUCAUAUUUCUCAAGAAGAACAUCGAGUCGUUGAAUGGCGAUUUGAAUGCGACGAAUGUUCGCUGCAGGAGAUGCCCGGCGAGGAGGGAUGAGGAGGGCAAGAUACAUCGGCAGGGCGGAGGAUUCAGCCCUGAUUCGGGCAUUCUGAUCUGUGCGAAUGAGAUGCGAGAUAGGAAACAUUUGGAGGAUACUUUGGCCCACGAGAUGGUGCACGCGUGGGACCACUUGAGGUGGAAGGUUGAUUGGGCGGAUUUGAGGCACGCUGCUUGUACAGAGAUUCGGGCUUCGAGUUUAAGCGGAGAGUCAACACCAAAACUGCGUAAGGAGGAGGGCGGUUUUAUCGGUCAUGGCUCGACCCUCUUGUAA